UAGAAAUGAACUUCUGACAGGUAUCAGGGUAACACCUCAGCCGAAGUCCUGGACACCAUCACAAACAUCCAGCCUAAAGAGAGCGCCGGAGGUUCAGGAGAGACGCGAGAGUCGAUCGUCUACCGCCUCGCCCAGGACAUGCUGGAUAAACUCCCUCCCAACUACGUACCUCAUGAGGUGAAAGCCAGGCUGGUGAAAAUGGGAGCCCUGACCUCCAUGAACAUCUUCCUGAGGCAGGAGAUCGACCGCAUGCAGAGGGUCAUCAGCGUGGUCCGGACUAGCUUGAUCGAUCUCAAGUUGGCCAUUGAGGGCACCAUCAUCAUGAGUGAGAGCCUCAGGGACGCGCUGGACAACAUGUUCGACGCUCGAGUCCCAAACCUGUGGAAGAAGCUCUCCUGGGAGUCGUCCACCCUGGGGUUCUGGUUCACCGAGCUCCUGGAGAGAAACGCUCAGUUCCAUAGCUGGCUGUUCGAUGGGAGGCCCAAAACAUUCUGGAUGACCGGAUUCUUCAAUCCCCAGGGUUUCCUCACAGCGAUGAUGCAGGAGGUGACGAGGGCACACCGAGGCUGGGCGCUGGACACCGUCACUCUACACAACGAGGUGUUAAAGCAAACCAAGGAGGAGAUCACCACCGCACCCACGGAGGGCGUGUACGUGUACGGCCUUUAUCUGGACGGAGCCGGCUGGGACCGCAAGAACUGCUGUCUCGUCGAGGCCACGCCCAAAGUGCUGUUCACCCCUCUCCCCGUGGUGCACAUAUUCGCCAUCAACUCCACCGCCCCGAAAGACCCCAGACUGUACGUCUGCCCCGUCUACAAGAAACCCCGGCGCACCGACCUCACCUACAUCACCGGAAUCGUGCUGCGUACGGUGCAGCCCCCCGACCACUGGAUCCUGCGCGGUGUCGCCCUGCUGUGUGAUAUCAAAUAAUCGCACCGCGUACACACACACACACACACCAACACACACACACACACACACACACACACACACUGACCCACACAUGCGUUCCGUUUCUUUGUUCUUUGUUCAAUUCAGUUCAUUGAAAAAUAUUUAAAUUGUUAUUAAAAGGUUCAGGUUCUUGUUCAGCAUUAAAAAUAAAAAAAAUAUGAGUUUA